AUGUCCGCCUACCGAACAUCCCGCGUGAUUAUCAGCUCAUCUGAAGACGAGGAUGAGAAUUCAAAGAUAAAGAUGAAAACCAUUUUCCAGUCAAAAAAGAUAAUAUUGGAUUCUGAUGAAUCGGAGUCCGAAGGGAACGAAAACAAUAAGGAAUCAUCGGAUGUGUCGGAAUCGGAGCAAUCCGAUGUCUCAGGUUCAUCAAAAACUGAAUCAUCCGACGCACGAAGAACUGAUCGAUCUGCCGAUUCUUCGAGAAACGAAUCGAUGCGUUCGGCUGCAAGUUCUAAUCCGCCGGAAACGGUCGUUGAGCCCUUAACUUCGAAUCUCUCUGAUACAUCUCGUGCCAGCAUCGUGACCUCGACUCCCAAUUCAAAAGCUAACUCGUCUCGAAAUGUGUCGUCGACAUACGGAAGCUCCCGAAACUCGACGGAAAGUCAUGAUCGUUCCCGUAGUUUCAUCGAUUCGGAAAACGAACAUCCAGUUACUCCAAUCACAAAAAGGCUGACUGAAACAUCAGAUAUAAGAUCCAAGCAACAACUUCGUGAACGUCUUCUCCGCAAAACUCUAAAGAACAACAAAGAUUCGUCAUUGGGAGGAAGUUCUAGCAAUUCUCAAAAAGGCGGAUGGGGAGUCAACACGAGUCCUGUUAACAAGGAUCCGGAGCUGUUCACUUCAGGUCUUUCCCCAAUUGUUAAGAAGAAUUCUGCGAUAUCAUCUGAUUCUGACGCAUCAAUGGGAUCUCCAUUGAAAACUCCCAACCGCUCGGAAACCGAUUUCUUGAUCAGUGCCAACGAGAAUUCUCCACAAACACAAUUCCCAGCCUCUCCAAUUCAGCAACACACCUUUCGAACUACCCCGAUUUCUCCAAUAAAGACGGCAGUUUCUCCGAAGAAAAAACCAGUUUCUCCAUUUACUGCUUCUGAGUUCGCGAAGCAGUCUAUGCAAGAGUUGGAAGCAAGAAGACAGAAAUUGAUGCAACUUGCGAUGUACAGCAAUAAUCUUCCGGAUAAAGGAGCUCGUCUCAUGAAUGAUUGUGACCGAAUUUCGAAAGAAAUGGAUAGGCGACGAGAAAAUGGAGAAGAUGUGUUGAAUAUUGUAAAAGAAGAAGACGUUGAAGAAGACAAAGCCCCGGGACCAGCCCCUUCUAAGCCACCUCCGAAAAAUCUGAUUGCUCCUCUUCCCCAGCCAGAUUUCGGAGCGAUGCUCGACAAAAACGGAAGAAAAAUCAUGAGUGGAAAAAUGACAGAGGACAAAAUUCGAAGAGUCGGAAAAAUCUCCGAUCGUUUGACGAAUCAAUUGGCAGAUGCCAUGAACACGAUCCCAGCUGAAACAGAUCUCACCGAGACUCCGAACGGCCUUCUUGUCGAUUUGAUGCCACAUCAAAAGGGCGGAUUAACAUGGUUGCUCUGGCGUGAAGCUCAGCCACAUUCAGGUGGAAUCUUGGCUGAUGAUAUGGGUCUUGGAAAAACGCUCUCUAUGAUAUCACUGAUUGUUCAUCAGAAGGUCGCUCGAAAAGCCAGAAAGGAAGCUGGAGAGGAUGCUGAUGACAAAGCGAAGCGAGAAGCAUCGAAGAAUGAAGGUCUUUAUCCUUCGAACGGUACAUUGAUCAUCGCACCAGCUUCAUUGAUUCAUCAAUGGAAAGCGGAAAUUGACAGGCGACUGGAGCAAGAUACACUGUCAGUUUUCAUGUUUCAUGGAACCAAGAAGCAAAGAGAGAUUGAACCAAAGAAGUUGGCUCGUUAUGAUGUGGUUAUCACUACAUACACUCUCGCAGCAAAUGAGUUGAUGGGAAAAAAGACGUCCGCGACGAAGGAAAAAGAUUCGGACUCCGAUGUUUCAGAUGACGAAGUUAGACGUCGUCGCCGUGGUGCGAAAGAUGACUCUCCACUUGCCCAAGUCGGAUGGUCUCGUGUGAUUCUUGAUGAAGCUCACGCUAUCAAGAAUCGUCUCUCCCAAUGCUCCAAAGCGGUUUGUACACUCUCCGCAUUCUCUCGUUGGUGUCUUUCGGGAACACCAAUUCACAACAAUCUCUGGGAUCUGUACAGUCUCAUAAAGUUCCUCCGAAUUCCAUUGUUCAGUGAUCGCAAGUUUUGGCAAGAAUCGAUUAUGCCAAUGAAGACUAUGUCGUCAGAUCGAGUCAAUUUGCUUACCAAGAACUUGCUUCUUCGUCGCACAAAAGACCAAACAUGCUCUGUGACCAAUAAGAAAAUUGUAAACUUGGAACCAAAAACUGUUCAAGUUCAUGAGUUGGAAAUGGGUAACGAUGAAGCUGAUGCCUAUUUGAUCAUGAUGGAAGCCGCUCAAAAAUUGGUCAAACAAAUCGUGGCGAACACUGAUGAUAUUAACAACUUCGGAUAUGUUAGAAGGCGUCGUCAACGUGGAGCUGAUGAGGAUAUGUUGAAUCCGUUCAACGUGGGUCCCAGAAAUCUGGCAGCCAAUUCAAAGUUCCAGAACAUGUCGUGCAUUCUUGUCCUUCUCAUGCGCCUUCGUCAAGCAUGUGUCCACUUCCAUAUCACGAAAUCUGGAAUGGAUUUAGACGCGUUCAAAAUCAACGGUGGCGAUGAUGAGAACAUUGAUGUCGAUGAGCUUGGAGUUUUAAUGGAGAAGACUAUGGCGGAUUUAACAUUGGCUGAUGAGAGUGAUGACGACGAAAAAGAGGAAAAGACCAAAGAGUCCCCAAAGAGAAAAACCGCAACUUGCAUUUUCGAUACUGGAUAUAUUAGUUGUAAAAUGCAGAAAACGCUGGAGAUCGUUGAGGAUAUCUUGGAGAAGAAGGAGAAAGUAGUUAUCGUUUCCCAGUGGACAUCGGUACUCAAUCUGGUUGAGCAGCACAUUCAAAACGGAGGACAUAACUAUACAUCCAUCACGGGACAAGUUCAAGUCAAAGAUCGUCAGGAGCGUGUGGACAGUUUCAACCAGGAAAAGGGCGGUGCACGAGUCAUGCUCCUCUCCCUAACUGCCGGGGGUGUUGGAUUGAAUUUGGUUGGCGGAAACCAUUUGGUGAUGAUUGACUUGCAUUGGAACCCGGCGCUGGAGCAGCAAGCUUGUGAUCGAAUUUACAGAAUGGGUCAAAAGAAACCAGUUUACAUUCAUAGACUCAUCGUGAAGAACACAAUUGAGCAACGCGUCGUGGAACUUCAAGAAAAGAAAAUGACAUUAGCGGCGUCGGUAUUAGAUGGAACCGCUACUCGCAAAAUGAACAAGCUCACCACAGCCGACAUUCGUAUGCUGUUCGGAAUCGAUAAAUAA